UAUCUCUCUCUCUCUCUCUCUCUUUCUCUAUCUCUCUCAUUAAACACAUAAGAAAGAUCAAAGCUUUUAAUUCCUUUUCAUCUUUCUUCCUUCUCCAGAAACGAUACUUCACCAGAACUUCCUAAAGCUAUGGGAUUUUCCGGCAAACCACCCCAACUCGACGGCGGGGUACGCGAAACCGGCGACGGCAAGAAAUGGGUCAUCGCGGGAAUUUCGAUUCGAGCACCGCUGAAGCCGAUACGAGCGAAUCCAACCACCGAAGCCGAGGAGGAAGAGGAGGAGUCUCCGACGACUCCGACCGCGGUUUCUGUUAGAAUUCCGGUGGUUCCGGCGUGUCCUCCGCCGCCGAAGAAGCGGAAGCCGGCGUUGAAGUGCAGCUGCGGCGGGGCCCGUGAGUUCUUCUCCCCGCCGGAUCUUGAGACUGUCUUCAUACAAAGAGCUAGUUAGCUGGUUUCGAUACAUGUUGCUUUUUCUUUGACCCAUAUCUGACCAAGGCUAGUUUCUAGGGUUCCAACUAAGAAUUACCAGCGUUUCAGUUAAUUUCUCAAUUUCUAUUUUAGAAUUGUAGAUUGUGAUUUCAGUUUUAGAUUAUGUGAUUAAAAGUUUAUCUCUUGUGGUUUUUGAAUCUUUGUUGUUUAGUUCUAUUGGUGUUAGAAUCCCCAAUCUAACGGUAGUGAUUACUUGAGUUAGAUGUC